AUGCCUCUUGACACGAUUUAUCUCACCCGGCAUGGGCACCGCCUAAACUGGACAAUAGAUCUAUCAACGGGAACAUAUUUUUCAUUACACCCCACCCCAACCGAUAUCCCCGUAGACCCGACUCUUACACAGCCAGGUGUUCGACAGUCGCAUGAGCUGGCCGCACAUAUAUGUAGCGACAGCUUCCAACCAAAACCCUGCAGAGUGUACUGCAGCCCAUUCUAUAGAUGCCUUCAGACUAUUCAGCCAGCAACAGAGGGGCUUAGAAAAAUUCAGGAAAAUGAAAACCACCCGAAUUUGGACUUGACUGUGAGACUUGAAAAUGGGCUUGGAGAGUGGUUUGGCUCCUCGUCAUUUUUCACACACCCUUCCCCUUCAACCCCGGAAAUCCUCGAAACUCACUUCCCAACCAUCCUACUUCCACCUAGCACCGCUACCUCUCGGCCUGGCGGUCGUUACAAAGCCCAUAUUAUCCCCUCUCCCAAUGGUGAAAAUAUUGCUGGGCUUCAUGAUCGUAUAGCAGCGACCUUGUCACACAUUAUAUCUACUGUUGACAGAGAGUUGGCCACCCAUGCAAAAUCUUAUCCCAAUGAUCCUUGGAAUAACCAAAGUCACGCAAUCUUGAUAUGCUCACAUGCAGCACCAUUGAUCGCAAUGGGCAGGGUAUUGACGGGGAACAUGCCCGAAGAUUCAUCAGAGCAGGAUUUUAAGCCAUUCACGGCGAGUCUCAGUACCUUUGUAAGGCGUGAGCUUGCAACUGGAGCGAGAAUAGACUCUAAGCCGAGUGCGGCGGAUACUAAGGAAACCUGCCAAUGGAAGAAUGGGAAGGGUGUUGGCGGUGGAUGGAACUGUGUUAGAAAUGGCGACUGCUCAUUUCUGAGCGCUGGCGAAGAGCGAGGCUGGCAUUUUAACGGGGAGGAAGAUUUUCUUUCGAUGCCCACUGCUCUUGUUUCUGAUGUAACAAAAGACAAGGCGGGCGAUACUGACUCCAAGGACCCAUCUGCACCGAAAUUAUGA